UUUCCCGACAACCCAGAAGAAUUCGACGAUGACCCCCGAGUUUCGUACAACCGCGUCGCAGGACGCUACAUGCUGGAGGCCGAAGAUGGAGUUGAAUGGGAGUGGAUCGCCAACCGCUGGACACAAACGGCACGUCCGCUCCUCAAGCAGCAAGCUGAGGUCUACAAAGUCGCUGGCGUUGAUGAAUCGGAGGAGAACAAACCCGCGGCAAAGAAGCGCAAGAGGGCGGACGCCAAACCGCAUGUAAAAGAGAGGGCAGCUCGUGAGAACACAGCUAUAUAUGUGACUCAGCUACCCGAGGGCGUCACGGAGGCAGCAUUGGCGGAUUUCUUUGGACGCUGCGGGCUCAUUGCCGAGAGCGUGGAUAGCAACAAGCCACGCAUCAAGCUAUACUAUAACGACGACGGGUCUUUCAAGGGUGACGCACUGAUCGUCUUCUUCCGACCGGAAUCUGUCAAACUGGCGGUGGAUCUAUACGACGACUCCGUGUUCCCCACGACACGCGGCAACAACAACACGCACAUGCGCAUCCAUCCGGCCGACGAAAGCUACAAGAGACACAAAGAUGACCUUCCGCAGGAGACCAAGCCAGCGCCCUCUGCGAAAGGUCAACGCGGUGGAGCGAGUAACUACGAUCGGGAAAAGGCCAAGAGAAAGAAGGAAGAAAUGAACGAUCGUCUUAUGGAUUGGGGCGAAGGCGACCCUUCAGCAGUCUACGGAGACCGCGAUCGCUGGGAAGACCGGCUCGUCAUCAUCAAAGAAGUCUUCACACAGGCCUCCAUCAAGCAAGCGAUCAUCGAUGGAGACGACGACUACCUUCAAGACAUCCACGAGGACAUGAAGGAAGAAGCCGAGAAAUUCGGCGAAGUCACGGACGUCGUUGUCUACGAUCUUGAGGACCCCGGCGUCGUCACGGUCAAUUUCAGGUCGGCUGAUGCGGCCGAGGCCUGCAUCAAGGUCUUCGAUGGCCGAAACUAUGACGGCCGGAAGCUCAAGGCGUAUACGUCGGAUGAGCCGGAAGUAUUUCACAAGUCGAAAGCGAAG